AGGUGUCAUCCGAUCUGGUCCCGUUGAAGUUCUGAUGGACUGCCGGUUCUGUCGGGAUAGUCCUGGCUGCUGUUGGUCUCUGCGGUUCAGUUCGGGUUGAUGGAGUCCCCCCCGCCCUGAUCUGGACUCCUCCUCUUCCUCCUCCAUCACCAUGCCGAACCGACAGAAGCAGGUUCUGUUCUGCUCCGCCGGCCUCCUGAGCCUCUGCUGCGCCCUGUCGGCUGCCGUCGUCACCGGGCUGCCCUACUGGCUCCGCGGGGUCGUACUCUGUCGAACCGGAGCCGAGCUCGUCAACGCCACCGGAGCCGAACUGGACCAGUUUCUGGGGGAGCUGAGCUACGGGCUGUUCCACGGGGAGAGGGUGAAGCAGUGCGGCCUGGGGGGCAGACCGUCCCGGUUCUCAUUCUUCCCAGACCUGCUGGGUGGAAUCCCGGCCGGCCUCCACGUCACCAUCGUCUUCUUCUGCAGCGCUGUGGUUCUCUUCUCCUCCGUGGCCUCCGGCUUCUUCUUCUUCAACGCCUUCGGGCGGCCCUACGAGACGCUGCAAGGCCCCAUGGGACUUUACCUGUGGACCUGCGUCUGCUGUGCGACCAGCUGCCUGGUUCUGAUCCUGUUUGCCUCUGAGGUGAAGAUCUGCCGCCUCUCUGAGCUCAUCUCCAACUUCAGGGAGGAGAACUUUGUUUUCCAGACGCACUCGGAGCGCUACGACCGCUGCUUCUGGAUCUUCUUCCUCAUCCUCAUCCUCCACGGACUCAACCUGGUUCUGAUCCGGCUCACGGGGAUCGAGUUCCCGUUCCAAGGGAAGAAAGAUGUGGAGCUGAGCGGCGGCGCGGCCGACCUCAUGUACUGAUGGACUCACUGUUGACCAGUCGAAUCAGUCGGAUAAUCAUUGAUUAUUGAUCAGAACCUGAAUGAUUGGAUCAAAACUUGAUGAUCCGACUGAUUCUUUAUAAAUUCUGUUUGUAACUUUUUUUAGAGGAAAAUAAACUUGUUCUGACUAAA